UUCAUAAAAAGAACUGUUGUCUGCUACACUGUCAUGUCUGAAGAAGAUAACUAAUUAUUUGUGUUGAAAACUGCGUUCUUGCAAAAUAAUUAAGUAAUAAUGGGGCGUUUUGUAGAUAGAAGCAGGAAGUUAAUGAUCCGAUUGUCCCUGAGAGGUUGCACAAACAGACCAUUCUACCAUAUUGUUGUACAAAAGAACCGAACCCCCAGAGACAAAAACAUUUUAGAUCAGGUCGGAACUUAUGAUCCUAUGGUGAACAAGUUUGGUGAAAGACUUGUGGCUGUGAACUUUGAUAAACUCAGACAUUGGCUUGGACUGACUGCACAGUGUUCUGUACCAGUGCUGAAGUUAUUAGGUCUUGCUGGGUUUUACCCAGUGCACCCACGAACACGGCUUGAGGCCCACAGAAAACAGAAGGAAAUGGAAGAGGAAAAAAAGCGGACUGAAACAGAAGCUCAAGCAUCAGACACGUGACCUGCCCAAUGAAUUUAAUCUCAUGUGAAUAAUAAACAAACACUGAAUAACACCAUGUUUUAGUCACUGUGCGUUGAAUUGUAGGUACGAGUUAUGCAUCCAUUUAUGUUGUAGCAUUUGGAGUUAAAGGUACAUGCCAUAUUGGAAAUACAUCACAUUUUUGUACUUACAUUUUGUACGUGUGAGUUCUUCGCAUAAAUACUGUUUUAAUG